AUGGGUUGUUGUGUUAGUACCCAUGACAAACAAAAUCGUUUAAAACAUUCCUCACUAAAACCAAACAAUUCCGAUGAUUUCCCUUGCGUCUCCAAAUCCCCACCAAUAGCCGAGGAGGAGGCCGUCAAGGAAGUCCUCUCCGAAACCCCAAAACCAAGGCCCAAGCCCAGGUCCAGGCCCGAAAGCCCGAGAAAGGUCGUUGCGGAACAUGGUCAAGAAGAAGAGUCCGUGAAAGCAAAGUCGCUUUCAUUUACUCCUCCGAAGAAGGCGUACCCGGAUCCGUGUACUCCAGAAGAGAUCUCCGAAGCGUCGGAAAUGUGUAGCUUUAGUGAGAGUAUAUCUACUACCAGAGAAGAUGAUAAUCAUCUUAACCAAUUGUUGUUCGGAAGAGAGAGUGUUGUUACUAGUGGAGGUGGUGGUAACGAGCUUCGUCAAAGGGUGUACAGAUCUCAGGGGUUUAAUAAUGUUAACAAUGGUGGUGGUGGUGGUCAGCAUUAUAGGAAUCAAGGGAGAUCGCCAGCGAGACGACGGCCCGAACCAUCCCCGCCUCGAAAGAGGAAUCCCAGCCCGGGUGGUGGUGUGCCUAAAAGGGAUUUUUCCGGGGAUAAUUCGGGCCGUAGGUCUCAGUCCCCUGGAAUACGGGCUAAUGUGGGCCGAAGCCCGUCUUCCAGGAGGACUGGGCCGUCUCCGGGCCGGGUUAGGAUGGUCCAUGGCCCGGAAAAUGGAAGGAAGGUAGAGGAGGAGGUGGAUGAGAAUGAAGAGAUUGGGUUGAGGAGAGAGAGUGAAGAGUGGCAAGGUCCAAAGGAGUCGCUUGAAAAUCCACUUGUUUCAUUGGAGUGCUUCAUCUUUCUGUAG